UUCACUGUUUAGUUCUUGUUCAGGUUCUGUUUCUUCAGGUUCUAUGCCUGGCUCACAGUUGUGUGUGGUGGAUCCGCAGUAGCUAGUGUCCCUAUGAGGUGCAGACGACGCGGGACGGCAGAAAUUCGGAAAUGCCUCUAAUACACAUUGUGGGAUACUUUAGAACUCAGUGGCCUUUGACGAUGUGGCUAUAAACUUCACCCAGGAAGAGUGGGCUUUGCUGGAUCCCUCCCAGAAGAAUCUCUACAGAGAUGUGAUGGAAGAAGUAUUUAGGAACCUGACUUCUAUAGAGAAAGGGUGGGAAGACCAGAACGUUGAGGAUGAGGACAAAAAUCCUCAGACAAAUCUAAGGCACAUCAUAGCCAACUCUGGAUACAACCUAUACGAAAGCGAAGAAUCCUCUGAGAAGCCAUAUAAAUGUACACAGUAUAGGAGCUCUUUCUUCUCUCUUAUGAGUAUUCAAAGACAUAUGAUGACGGACACUGGAAGUAAGCCUUACAAGUGUAUGCUCUGUGGGAAAGCCUUUCAUUUCCCCAGUGAAUUCAGAAUCCACUUAAGAACUCACACAGGAGAGAAGCCCUAUGAGUGUAAAGAGUGUGGGAAGGCCUUCAGCCAUUCCAGCUCCUUUCGAAAACACGAGAGAACUCACACCGGAGAGAGACCCUACGUAUGCAAGCAGUGUGGGAAGGCCUUCAAUUGUUCUGGCUCCAUCCGAAAACACGAGAGAACUCACACUGGGGAGAAGCCUUAUGAGUGUAAACAGUGUGGGAAGGCCUUCAACUGUCCUAGUUAUCUCCAAAUUCAUGAAAGAAGCCACACGGGAGAGAAGCCCUAUGAGUGUAAGCAGUGUGGGAAAACCUUCAGUUGUUCCAGUUCCCUUCGAAAACACGAGAGAACUCACACCGGAGAGAAGCCCUAUGAGUGUAAACAGUGUGGGAAGGCCUUCAGUUGUUCUAGUUCCUUUCGAAAGCAUGAACGGACUCAUACAGGGGAGAAACCCUAUGAGUGCAAGCAGUGUGUGUAUUUAGAAGACAUCAGACAUCUCAUGCUGGAGAGAAGCAGCCCUAUGGAUGUAAACAGUGCAAUAAAUGGUUUAGUUCCAACACCUCACUUCAGAAUCACAGAAGAAGUCAUACUGGGGAAGAGCCUUGUGCCUGUAAACAGUGUGGGAAAGCUUUCAGUUGUCCCAGUUACAUUCGAAAGCAUGAACGGGCUCAUGGUGGGGAGAAACCCUAUCCAUGCAAACAGUGUGGUAAGUGUGUCAGUGCUUCCAGCUCUCUGCAGAUACACGAAAGGAUUCAGACUGGAGAAAAGCCCUAUAAAUGUGAACAAGGUGCUAGAGCAGUCAGUUGCUCCACUUCCCUUAGGAAACAUGAACAAACUCAUAGUGGGGAGAAAUCCUAUGAAUACAGUGUGGGAAAGCCUUUGCUUCCAGUUAGAAUUGAUUACUAACAGUCUUAAAGUUAUUUAUAACAGUCUUAUGAAUGUAAAUUCUGGCAAAUCCUUCGUUUCUCUAACAGGUUUUUGUUUUUGUUUUAACAAAAAUGACAAAGCACACUGGAAAUGGUCCUUUUAAAUGUGAGUAUGUGAAAAAAGCCUUUCACAUUUCACAGUCCCAGCAUAUUUAGAGUACAUCAAAUAAACUCAUGCAGGAGAGAAACAAUGUGAAUGCAGACAAUGCGAUAAAUCCUUCACUUCUUCCAGGUAUCCUCAGAACCAUUAAAGAAUUCAUGUUGGAGAGUAUCCUUAUUAAUGAAAGCACUAGAGAACCACUUACUACAAUUGCCUUGAAAACAUGAGUAAACUUGUACCGGAGGCAUGUCCUUUGAGUACAAAUAAAUAUGGUAAAUAUCACCUUUUCCAUUUGCCCUCAAAGAAACUAAACGAAUCGUCAGCGUGACUGUAAAGCCUAGGAAAAACAGUGUUUUCUUAAUCUUCAUGAAGGACACAACGAAGGUUCACACUGAACACUAAGAAGCCCACGUUUGUGAGAAGAAAGGUAAGGCUUCAAAUGCCACAGUUCUCUCAGAUUGUGUGAAAGAACACAUACUAGCUAAAACACUAGGAAUAGGAACGUGGGGGAAACACUCAAGAUUUUCAGUGUUCUUCAAAGGCAUAAAAAGGACCAGAGGGAAAAACCUGUAGGCCUAAGUAAUGUGGGUAGACUUCAGUUUUUACACUUCUUUCUGAGAAAAGUUUAAGUGUAAGAAAUGUCACAAGACCUCCAGUUUUCUCAUUUUCAUUUGAAGUCAUGCUAGAACUCAUCUAGAAAAAGACCACUGGGUACAGAAAGUCUACUGAGUUCAUGUCUCAUUGAAAGGUACGUGAUACACUGGAGAUGGCUGUGCGAUACAUUGACUUUACAAUGUGUGUGAAAACAUUGCUUCUCUGGGCUAAAGCAUGGAAU